GGAAUCGUCCACUUGGACCGGCGUUGGGUUUCCCGGAGGACCUCGGUGAAGUUUGGAGAGAGUCUGACCAAAGAAUCUUCCAGCCAUGUCGGACGCGGUGAUCAGUUUCAUGAAGGACUUCUUGGCCGGUGGAAUCGCCGCUGCCAUCUCCAAAACAGCAGUGGCUCCCAUUGAGAGAGUCAAACUGCUGCUGCAGGUCCAACAUGCCAGCAAACAGAUCACAGCUGACAUGCAGUACAAGGGCAUCAUCGACUGCGUGGUCAGGAUCCCCAAGGAGCAGGGCUUCAUCUCCUUCUGGAGGGGAAACCUGGCCAACGUGAUCCGCUACUUCCCCACCCAAGCUCUCAACUUCGCCUUCAAAGACAAGUACAAGAAGAUCUUCCUGGGUGGAGUGGACCAGAAGACGCAGUUCUGGCGCUACUUCGCCGGCAACCUGGCGUCCGGCGGCGCCGCCGGUGCCACGUCGCUCUGCUUCGUCUACCCGCUGGACUUCGCCAGAACCAGGCUCGCUGCCGACAUCGGCAAAGGUGCGGCCGAGAGAGAGUUCACCGGCCUGGGUAACUGCAUCACCAAGAUCUUCAAAACCGACGGCAUCCGGGGCCUGUACCUGGGAUUCAACGUGUCAGUGCAGGGCAUCAUCAUCUACAGAGCGGCCUACUUCGGAUGCUUCGACACCGCCAAAGGUAUGCUCCCUGACCCCAAGAACACCCACAUCGUCGUCAGCUGGAUGAUCGCGCAGACCGUCACAGCGGCGGCGGGUCUGGUCUCAUACCCCUUCGACACCGUCAGACGUCGCAUGAUGAUGCAAUCCGGUCGUAAAGGAGCUGACAUCAUGUACAAGGGAACAAUCGACUGCUGGAGGAAAAUCCUGAAGGACGAGGGGUCAAAAGCCUUCUUUAAGGGCGCAUGGUCCAACGUGAUCAGAGGCAUGGGCGGUGCCUUUGUGUUGGUCCUGUACGACGAGAUCAAGAAGUACACAUAAGUCCCAGUGAUCUCUGCUGGUCCGCUAGGAAACCCUUCACGUUGUCUUAAGUCAUUGUCAUAGUGGGUCACAACCUGUGAUGCAUUGAACCGCUGUGGGGAAGCCUGGCACAUUUGCUCCAGGUAACACGUUCCCUCGGAGCUUUGUGUCCAGCCGCCUGGGGCUGGCACCACCACACGUUUGUCAGUAUGGUGGGUCAGGAUUUUCAAGGAUCAAAGGUUGUGACCAUCCUUCCUCUAUAUCCAUAUCUCAUGCUCUGUUUUAUUAACAAUAAAGAUUCAUU